AUGAAAAGUCAGGGGCAACUGGACGACGGCAACAGCCACGUUGCUGGGUACCUGAGGUGCCUGGGCAGGGGUCACGAAAUACCGUUAAGGAGACACUAUAGACAGGCUAUCAAAGUUGAUCUUCUGAUAUCUUCUGAUAUGCCCGAGAACGCGCUCAAGUUCUGCCAGGCCGACGACAUGUUGUUUUGUCACCAGCUGGGAUACUUUGGGCUGCAUCACGCUAAAGAGGAUACUUUCAGCAUCUCCAAUCCGAAUUAA